GGUUUGCUGGAAUGGGUAACCUGCUAAAAGUCCUAACAAGGGAAAUAGAGAACUAUCCACACUUUUUCCUGGACUUUGAAAGUAAGUCUGGCCGAGGAAUCGGAGCAAAACAUGGCUGGAGAAAGAAUUGUGGGGAGGGAAGGAGGUGUAACCUGCUCAGCUGUUUCCUUUCUACCGGCGGGUCUCUGCUCUCGAUGACGAAGCCAUGAAGGAGUCUGCUUUAAUCCACUCUUUUCACCUUUUUUUUUCUCCUUUCCGUUUCAUCUGCUCUGUCGGCUCUGAUCUUCCGUCUCUGUUCAAAUAACUUUUUUUUGAUGACUUUCUAACAUCACACGUACUUUUCUUCCUUUCUCUUUCUUAUUUUCUCUCUUGCAGAAACCAAAUGGGGAAUCUGUUAAAAGUGCUCACUUGCACAGAGCUUGAACAGGGGCCAAACUUUUUCCUUGACUUUGAAAAUGCGCAGCCAACAGAGGGAGAGCGUGAGGUUUGGAACCAGGUGAACUCAGUCCUGCAGGACUCUGAGAGCAUCCUGACUGGACUGCAGGCGUACAAAGGGGCCGGCCAAGAGAUCAGAGAUGCAAUUCAAAACCCCAAUGACCUCAUGCUGCAGGAGCGAGCCUGGAACUCCGUGUGCCCGUUGGUCAUCAAACUAAAGAAGUUCUACAGUUUCUCUCUCAGACUAGAGGAGGCCCUGCAGAGUUUGCUGGAGUGCCUGACCUGUCCGCCCCUGACGCCCACUCAGCACCUGGAGAGAGAGCAGGCGCUGGCCAAGCAGUUCGCAGAGAUCCUCCACUUCACUCUGCGCUUCGAUGAGCUCAAGAUGAGGAUUCCUGCCAUCCAGAACGACUUCAGCUACUACAGAAGGACCAUCAGUCGAAACCGGAUAAACAACAUGAACUUGGACAUUGAGAGUGAAGUCAACAACGAGAUGGCCAACAGGAUGUCUCUGUUCUACGCUGAGGCCACUCCCAUGCUGAAAACACUCAGCAACGCAACCACAAACUUUGUGACAGAGAACAAGACUCUUCCACUGGAGAACACGACAGACUGUCUCAGCACCAUGGCCAGUGUCUGUAAGGUCAUGCUAGAGACACCGGAAUACUCGAGUCGUUUCAGCAGUGAGGACACGCUCUUGUUUUGCAUGCGGGUCAUGGUUGGAGUCAUCAUUCUUUAUGACCACGUCCACCCCAACGGCGCCUUCAACAAGUCCUCCAAGAUAGAUAUGAAAGGCUGCAUAAAAGUCCUGAAGGACCAGCCAGCAGACAACGUAGAAGGUCUCCUGAAUGCGCUCAAAUUCACCACAAAACACCUGAACGACGAGUCCACUCCGAAGAACAUCCGGACGAUGCUCCAGUAAUAUUUGUUCUCUUUUAUAUAUAUAUAUAAAUAUAUAUAUAUAUAUAUAUAGAUAUGAAGAGGAUCAUUGCCCUGACCUCAAAUAAGAUGUAUAUGUUUACAUUAUUUAAAAGACUCGAUGUUAAUACUUGUGUGUAUUUGCAUAGUCAUUCCCUCCAAGUUAUUGAAACCUGCAGAAUACGUACUUUCUACUUUGCAAAAAAAAAAAAAUCUGAAAGCAUCACAUGAAUUGCCUCUACUGUUAACAGCUGUCGAAGCACAAACGAUGGAUACCUAUCAGCCUUACAUACAUAUAUAUAUAUAUAUAUAUAUAACGGAGCUUUGCAAAGCAGCACUUGGAAAUAAAUGAACAAGGCAGCAUAAAAAAUGUCCUUCAAUGAAUCUUUUCAAUCUUUUAUUUGACAAUGAAAUCAGUUUACUGUUUUUAAUAAAUGUCUUCUUGGGUUGUUUUUUUAAGCAAAAUAAAUCUGUUUUAGAACAGAGGACAUUUUAAAUUCUGAUGUAGGUUAUCACUUAUAUCACAAGAGAGAUCAUCCUGUGGUUUCACUUGAUCUGCAAAGAUGAGUUUUAAUGACAGAAUCUAAAAUCAAUCCAUGUUGUAUCAAUCCUAAGAUGGACAGUUCUGUUGCAGUGAAGGACUAAAUGUUGAAAGCAGAUAAGGGAUCGAUUGGUGUGACGCAUUUCCAAGAACAGUCGGGUGUUUUCUCUUUUUCAGCCCGUUCUCAUUUCCAGAGCGUCAAAUGCUGCCGUAUUGUCAAAGCUGCUGGUGUCACAGAGAAACACACAAGAUGUCCUUUAGUGUCCUCAUAGAUGUACAGGAGUUACUGUUGUUGUAGUUUUAGCCCCUAAAGACUCAUCUCUGGAUGUCAAAGUUCAGUUUUUAUAUUUUUUUCUCCAUGAAAACAGUUCCACUUGAAACCAGUUGUUAAGGAUAAUGAUACAGAAAGCCCAUGGUGUGUCUCCUAGCCUAUAGAAAACACCAUGUGGACUUGUAACAAGGUAAAAAAUGUUAUUUUCACCAGAGGGCACCUUAAAAGGAGCCUCAUAAGGAGGUUGGGAGGACGAAGGGGACAUAAGUUCACCCAGAAGACUGCAGGACUUAAUGCUCAAUUCAGAUUUUUUUGUGAAAUUCGAUUUUUUUUGCGAGUUUGUUCACAUUUCCAAUUAAAUGUGGCUUGUAUGGGAUCUCCUGUGUGAACUUUGUAAGACCCAAAAGUGUCCCGCAUGCACAGAGGAGGACACAACGACAUCACAGGCAGCGAGCAUGCUCAGUAACGAUGGAGAGUAUCUUGCGAUUUUAAAGUUGUUGUCCAACCGAAAUAACCAAAUAUUAAUUAACUCAGUUUUUUUUCACUUAGUCUAGUUUUAGUUUCUGACUGCAGUUUCGUUUUCAUUCACUGUUAGGUCACCAAAACUCAAUUUAAGUGUAAGAAAAUCUAAUUGUUUGGGCUUAAAUACACUAUUUCCCAACAUUAAACACGCGUUACAAACUUUUUAUUGCCUGAAAACUAGCAGCACCAGUUGAGAACCUGAACUGCUCAUGGUGUCUAUUUCUGACCCGUACACAUUUUUAUAAGUCUGCUGUACUGCCCUGUGUGUUGAAAAAUCAUGUUAAACGGGACCUUGUGCAUUCAAAUGUGACACCAAGAGGUCCUGACAGAACGGCAGCAAACAACAAAUUGGAAGUGAGGUCGAGCUUGUCUUUUUAUUGUCAGCUCUUGUGUUUUUCAUCAUACUGUUUCUCAAACUUCAGCCUUGUGCACCUGUUGAAAUAAAUCCACUGUGAACAGACAAACCUACUUUGCACGUGCAGUAAGAUCCCGUAUGUCGACGCAUGCAGAGGUAGAGGUGAUCGAAAAGUGCAGCAAUGACGAAUCGCUGAGUCAAAUCAGCACCACCAAAUGUUUAGUUGAAUUGUGAAGUCUGCGUUAAGAAUAAUUGUGCGUUUUGCCAUCUUUUGAGUGACUUUUUGAUCUGUGAGGCUUUGCUAUUAAACUUUUUUCUUUAAAAGAAAGGCCAAAAAUAUCUUUAUUCUAAAUAAAUUAUGUGGGUUUUUUUUUUUUAAGUUGAAGAUUUUUAGAAAACGAUUUCCACUUUUAAAAAAAAUCCUCUUUUUUAGAAAGUAUUUGGGUUGAUUAUUGGAGGAACAAUGUGACCAGGUUCAUUUUUCUUUUAUUUUUUUAUAACUUUUGAUAUUGUUUGACUUGUUUGGAUUCAUCACAGCCCCUGUAAACUCUAAUGGACAUCCGACUAUUGCCUGGGAUCAUUUUAUAGCCUGACAACUGACAAAAUUUGCCUUAAAUCAAACUGUUGAAGUAGGAGCAACGACUUUAGCCUGCAACUUUCCACGAAUCAUAACCUCAAACAGCCUCACUAUACUGUGUAUCACUAACAGUCUUGCUCAAACUCGGUCGGACAAUCUGUGACUGUUCGCUUUAAGUUAUGUUUCAUUUUUACUGUAAUGAGAUAGAGUGCGUAUUAAAGGAUCCAACAAAUAUGAAGAGCAGUUCCCGAGACAUUUUAUUUUUCGGGAAAACUGCUAUAAAACCUACCAUUUUUACCAUCUAACAUAAUAAAAUAGUGACUACAUCCCUCGCCUACACAAUCAUCCGCCUGAUUCAAUCUGAACUUCACCCCUGUGGUCUUAGAAUAAUGGAAAUGUCUGUGGUUUAGCACAACAUCGCCUUAAAGACUAAGCUGACAAAUUUUAGGAUUUAACCUGUGAAACAACUUUUUUUUUCAAUUAUUUUAUUUCAUCCACAAGCCAUACACACAGUAUACGGACCCAUAGCCAGUCCUGUCCUUCGAUUAACCUUCAGUUAAUUAACAUUAAAUUAAGUAACACGUCAUCCAUUUAUGUUUGAUUCUCUUGUAUUUAGUAAUAUAUGCAUACGUGUGUGUGUGUGUGUGUGUGAGCCAUACUUUGGAUGCAACGUUUUAUAUGCAACGAGUUAAAAACUGUACAGACUUGAAGCCGGGUGUACGUAUGAUAGCGAUGUUUCAUAUCUGACUGAAGUGGUUUUUAAAAACAGUUUUUUUAAAAAUCACAUGGUCUGUCAUGAUUGAUGUACACCAAGCUUCCCUCAUUGCCCAAGAAUAUGCUACUGUGUGUUGAAUGCAAGAAGUUGUUUUUGGAGGCGAAAUCAGUUUUUGUUGUUGUUGUUGUUGUUGUCUUAAACUGACAGUUAUUGUUGAGUAUUUUUGGAGUUCAAACUCACUGUUUAUAUAAAUUGCUUUGGCUUUGUUAUUGCAUACUGAAUGGGAUGUGUGGAUUGGAUAAUAAAAGUGGUACAUUUCUUACACA